UGUUGAUGAUUCCAAACGUGUGGUGAAGUGAAGAUUGUGGUAGACUGUGAUUGUUUAAAAACCAUCAUAUUAAAACAAAAUAAAUAAUGGAUAAAACAGAAAAUCAGAGUGGAUUCUUUUUGGAGUUGAGAACACGACUGCAAAGCGGACUUUUGGUCUUAAGCAAAGACCUUGCCAAAGACCUGUCAGAGGUACAACUGUUGUGUGGGCCGUCGUCUCUAGAAAUAAAGACACCUGGAUGCUUGGUGGAUCUGCAGCUGCCAGCAGGGGUCACCAUCAUCCAGGAUUCCUGCAGGGAAGUGCCAAGUGCAGCAGGAGAUGGGCUUCACAUAAGGAUGCAGCUGCAUGCUGAUCAGGACACAGAAGCACCUCCAAGUUUGAUUGAAAGUUUGAAAGCUCAGAAGAGUUAUUGUCUUGUCUGCCAGUCCUGUGGGGAGCAGGUCCUAAUGGAGAGGGUGUUCAACAGAGUGCUUCCCCUGCCCAAUGGAAACUGGAAUGCACUGGUGGACGACUGGUGUUGCCACCCUGAUCCCUUCGCCAAGAAGAAGCUGCUGCCGAGGAAGGAGGACUGUUUGCUUGGUGACACCUUUAUUCUGCUGAGCUGGGAGAGGGAUAACAAUGGGACAUUAACUCAGGAGCCAGAAACACUGGAAAGUGACGUCAGCCAAAGCCAAAAACCCAAAGAAAAUGUCAAAGUGAUUUGUAAGAACUGUAGAGCCGUGCUUGGAGAGGAAAUAUCACCAGAUACUCUAAAGUUAUAUAUAACAGAGGUGACUGUGAGACAGCUCUCUAAGGAAACUGAAAAUGCCAACGUAAAAAACAGGUCCCUGUUUCUGGAACAUGUUAUAGCUGCCAGACUUGUGGAAUUGUCUGCCAGGCAAAGUACAUUUCGUUUCUCUCUCCAAGGACCCAGUGGAAAAUCAUAUGUUUUGCUCUGGCUUUUAAACACUGACACACUGCUCAUUUCUUCCGCAAAGACAUCUGUCAACGGCAGUGCCUUUAUUUCAUCUGAAGACAAUUCCUCAGCUCAACAUAAAUCACAGGCAGCCAGCGGUGCUGUUAAAGUUCUUUACCUUCCUUGCUCACAGGGCAAACACCAACAAGUUAUAGAUGCCUGGGAUAAAGAUAUUGGUGUACAUCCUUUAACCUUGCCUGUGAAGACCUGUCAUGAUGUGAUGCAACUACUAUCAGCCAGCAAUGAAACUCUCCCAUUUUCAAUGCGCACAAUGAAUACCUUCAAGGUGGCAUUUAUGAGAUUAUGAAGACCCUGGGUCAGAAGUGCAAAGUACAGACAGGUGACAGCUACAAUAUCAGUAUCUUUCCGCCACAAGCAUUUGUACGUUGUUAUGAGAUGAGCAUUAAACACAUCUAGACUGGAAAAAUCAUGCAACCAUUUGUAAAUCUGACAUUAACAAAUCCUAAUAAAUUGUUCUUAACCUUU